UAUACUGUGCACAGUUAUAUUUGUGUGGCAUUUGGUCAACCUAGAAUUAUUGGAUUUGAGGUCAAGUACUAAUAUAAUAAGGGCACGUACAACGGGCUGUUGUAAGCCGUCUGCGAGCCGACACUUUUGCAAAAAAGACCUUCUCUCGCCGAGGCGACGGGCGCGCCGUCGCCUCGCGAGACGACGGCGACGUCCCGUGCUCCGAGGCGGGUAGAGACGGUUCAGCAGCGUUGUACGGCCCUCGUCUCCAUCGACCGCACGCGGAUCCCGCGCGGACAGCAAUUUGGGCGCGCGUGGGAUUUUUCCGCGCCAAAUCCAUCUCCUCCUCCUCUCCCCGCGUCGUCGCUUUCCCCACGCUUCGAGCAAACUCUGACAGGAGCAUCUCCGCCGCCGUCGAUUCGACCUCCGCAGGUGCUGAAUCGACCUCCGCCGCUGUCGACUCGAGCUCCGCAGGCGCCGAAUCGACCUCCCGCGCGGACAGCAGCUGAUCCCCCCUCGCGCCAUGGCCGCGCCGCCAUGACCGGUGAGGUUGCGGUCUCCUCCUCGUCGGGGUCGGAGUCCAAGUCAGGGAGCGAUGAUGAGGAUACGGAGCGGGAGCGGGAGCUAGAGCGCGUGCUGGCCGACGAGCCCUUCGGAGAGUUGCAGCGCGCGGGGGCCGACGGGUCGCUCGCCUUGCAGACUGCCUCUGCGGCCAAAGCAGCUGCAGAUAAGAAGGCUCGCAGGAAAGAAGGCUCACGAUGCCCAGCUGCUGGAGAUGGAGAUAAGCACGAAAAUGCGGCUACCGAAACUCAGGGAGGUGAUCCAGAUUAUGGAGAUGAGUUCCUGUUAGCAUUGAGAUGAGAUGAGCAGCUACACAGGUUUAUUGUUGAUAUCUGAGAUAAGGUGGCCAAGCUGUUAAACAUAUAUGGUUAUGGUUCUUGUUCAUGAAUCAUGAGAUGCCUGUCAUUGUGCAUCUGAGAUGCCUGUCAUUGUGCAUCCUGUCAUGAGAUGCUUCGAAGGGAAAAUUUAGAUGGCUCUAAUCUAUGGAAAACUGAAUGGCAGUUGCACUAAUCAGAUAGUAACAUACUACUUGCUGUGAUUUUAUUUCUAGUGAACUGAACACUUGUUGUGGUCUUGGCGUUUCACUAAUCAGAUAGUAACAUAUUACUUGCCCAUCAGUGUGAACCUGUGCUUGAGGUGUGAAAUCCGUAACUUAGGUGUGAACCCAACAUAUUGCUUGAGGUGUGAAAUCUGUAACUUAGGUGUGAACCCAACAUAUUGCUUGAGGUGUGAUAUCUGUAAUUUAGGUGUGAACCUGUGCUUCAAUUGUGAAAUGUGUAACAUAUUCCAGUAUAAAUACAUGGCCAUCGGUGGCACUAUGCAUAGAUGCUUCUUUUCUCCACGUUCCUAUCAAUGUCAACUCAAUCCACUGAUGAAGAACUGGAAUAUGAAGCCCUGCCCGGUGAUGAAGCACCUGAUGAAGCUAUUGAAGAUGAUGAUGAGGGCCUGUCCGCUGAACAUGAAGUCAUCGAAGAAGAUUUUGAUCUAGUGGAGGUAUAUACGCUUGAAGAUGUCAUUGCUGAGGACGCAAGAUUAGAAGAAUUUUGGAGGAAAGUUAGCGACAAGAUUAAGGCUAAGUUUCAAGGGGAAUCAUCUGAACCACCUCGCCAUCGCCGUCGCCAUAGUGAGCCGAGAAGGUACAUACCACGUAAUCGAGAAGCUGGUCACGACGAUCUUGUUGCAAAUUAUUUCUUUGCAAAUCCUAUCUACACCGACGAAAUGUUCCGUAGGAGAUUCCGGAUGUCGAAACCUUUAUUCCUCCGAAUUGUGUCAGAGCUUAGUAAUUGGGAUCCUUUUUUCACCCGAAGAGUGGAUGCAACCGGUAGAGAUGGACACUCACCCCUUCAAAAGUGUACUACAGCUAUUCGAAUGCUAGCAUAUGGCUCACCGGCUGACCAACUUGAUGAGGUAUUGAAGAUUGCAGCAAGCACAUCUUUAUUGUGCUUAGGAAAAUUUUCCCAAGGAGUGAUAGAGUGCUUUGGUGCGGAGUACAUGCGCCCUCCGAGAAGUGAUGAACUUGAAAAAAUUCUACAAGAUAAUGAGUCCCGUGGUUUUCCAGGUAUGAUAGGAAGCAUUGACUGUAUGCACUGGACGUGGAAGAAUUGUCCUAAAGGUUGGGCCGGCAUGUUUACUCGUGGUGAUAAACGUGUUCCUACUAUGAUCCUUGAAGCAGUUGCAUCACGAGAUCUUCGCAUAUGGCAUGCAUUUUUUGGUACUGCUAGGGCCUAUAAUGAUAUCAAUGUGCUGAAUAAGAUACCGCUAUUCAUUGAGGCGAUAAAAGGAGAAACCCCUAGAGUACAAUAUAUUGUAAAUGGAACGCAAUAUGACACAGGAUACUAUCUUGCUGACGGGAUUUAUCCAGAGUGGGCUGCCUUUGUGAAGACAAUAUCAAAACCUCAAACGGAGAAGCACAAAUUAUAUGCACAACAUCAAGAAGGGGCAAGGAAGGAUGUCGAGUGCGCAUUUGGUGUCUUGCAAUCUCGUUUUGAUAUUGUUAAACGUCUGGCAUGGUUAUGGAAACGGGAUGAUGUUGUUAACAUCAUGCAAGCUUGUAUUAUCCUCCAUAAUAUGAUAGUUGAAGAUGAGAAGGAAUUGGUCAAAAUUCCAUUGGAUUUGAAUGACAAUCCGAGUGCAACAAUUGUGCUACCACCGAAGUGAGGACAAGUGAUGAUCCUAACCCAUGCUUCGUAGAGGUACUUCGGAGAAACAAGGUUAUCCGUGGUCGCUCUACACACAAGCAGCUCAAGAACGAUUUGGUUGAGCAUAUUUGGCAGCGUUAUGACCGCAAGGAAAGCUAGACCUACACGAGUAAU